UCAUGAUCCACUAUGAUAAGGCGCCCAAAAAUGGGGUUCUGGAGUUGAACGAGUUUAAGAACCUGGUUGCUGACAUGAAGGCCAUCCAAAAUUCCAAACGUGAGGAAGUCCUGGAUGCCUUUUUCAAAUUUGACAAGGAUAAGAGUGGCUUCAUUGAGCCAAAUGAGCUGAAGGAAGUCUUAACGUAUCUCGGCCUUGCAAGUGGCGAAGAGAUUGUCAAAACCAUGAUUGGUGUUGCCGACUCCAACAAAGACGGCAAAAUCAGCAUCACAGAAUUGGCUAACGUCAUGGGGCACACAGCAGUAGGCGCAGAAGACAUACAACAGUGGACGGAGUAGUCUGUUCCCCUGUGGUGUUCACUUGAGGGCAUACUAUAUGUCAGUAUAUGAUGUCAUCUUAGUGUUUAGAAGAAUUCAGCUAACUACUAGAUGAGAGAAAUCAGCCAUUGGUAUACAGUAACGAUAUUUGUAAUAGAAUGUUUCCCUUUAGAUGAACGCUUCAUGCUUCAUUCAUGUAAAAACUUCAAAACAAAAUGCAAAAUGAAGAAUUGGCAUAUUAAUAUUUCUUAAUUACCAUAUUUUUAGAGUACAUGUUCUAAAUUGUUCCCAUCCUCAAGGUUAUGGAACCAAACAAAGUGUUUCGUAACCUCAAAGACAUGAAAAAUUGCCAUAAAAUGCUCUUGCCGCUCAAUGCGUACUGUCAAUGACGUUCG